AAUGCAGUUUGCAAACAUAUAAACGUUUGUAUCCGAGUGGCUGUGUGGUAGCUCAGAGUUUAAGGAGAGAAUGUCUUUCUUUUGUGUAUAUAGGUAUUGGGUUCGCCAGAAACAAUGUCCAGAAAGCUGUUAGGAAGGUGAGGCACACUAUUGGUCUAGGAGAAAAAUUGGGUGUCCCAUGGAGCAAACGGCAUGAAAUUAAGAGUCAGUUCUGGGGAGACGAUACAAAACAAAUCAUGGCUCUUCUUAAGUACUUCAUAGGCCGCGACCCACUGGCCUCUUGGAGACGGAUUAUUGUUGUUCUUGAUAUGAUGAGAGGGUAUGGAGGCAGAGAGGCUGCAGAUAAGAUACGACAUUUGGCAGAACCCGUCACUGACCCUACACUAACUAUCAACAAUCUGUGUCACGUAACUUCUUCAAUCGAAGACUGGAGAUGGUGGGGUCUGGGGGGCCUGGGGGAGUAUAACCAUGGUCUUGGUGUUCCCGAUGAUGUGAUGAGGGAGAUCAGGUACGAUGCUGCCAACCCGACAGAGGAGGACAAGAAAACUGGUGUUCUACUCUACUUCCUUCACAAUGUCCCGAGUGCCUCCUGGGAGAGAGUUGCGGGAGUACUGUACUAUAUGGAGGAGGAGAAGGCAUUACAGGCAGUAAAGGAGUUCAUGACGGUCUCACCAGUCUCACCUCUUCUUCUACUGAACAACAUGCUCUACACCUAUGGAGUCUUCUCACCUCCAUCAUCUCCCGACCUCCCUUCUCUUCCUACUGAGACCUCAUCCUCAACCCACUUCCCACUCCCAAUUGUUGUAGCUAACAUGCAUCAGAUAGCAAGUUCAUCGAUAAUUGGUACCGAGGCAAAGAUGUCACUUGUGAAUGGUGGUCCAAAACUGGAUGAUGUUAUCAGUCGCAAGUCCCUGACAGUAAUGCCAGGGAUCAUCUCAAUAACUGGAAGACACUUGGGCCAUUUCUGGACCUCACUCGACAGCAAGAAACUGCCAUUGCCUACAGCUCUCCUGACUUCGGCCCUCCAGAAGCGCGAGUGUCUGGAGGUGUGGAAGGAGAAGAGGGGGAGGGAGGCCACGUACCGAGCCCUCAUCUCAGCGGCAGAGGAGGCAGGGGAUCAGCUGUUGGCAGACAACAUCAGAGAUAUGCUAGAGAAAUGACUUUUUUACCACCAUGUCGUCUCUUUUAGUCUACCAACACUCAACCAUUCACUUUUAUAUUCACAAUUGCAAAAUAUCUUGUGGAUUGGCU